AUAUUUUAGACACGUUCGAUCUUUGACACCGCCAAGAUGCACCUGAAGAAUUUUCUACUGUUUUAUACACCGGCUUUGUUGCUUCUCUGCAGCUACCAGCAAGCUGCAGGACAAACGACUGCCUGUAGUGUGCGAAAUGGUGUAACAAGAUCGGUUAUCUGUUCAGGAGAAUUGGAAGUCUCCCAAAUUGAGAAUUUCUUUAGACAGCUGGUUCAGGACGGCAUGGCGAGGUUCGACGAACUAUGGAUCUCCGACAACACUCUUAUACAGCGUCUGCCGGUCGGGUUUCUGGGCGAGCUCCAAUUCACUCAGAUUUCGAUAGCUUCUUGUCCAAACCUCGUUCAAGUGGAUGAUUUUCUCGGGGCUUCCAGCGACUCACUCAUCUCCUUGAAGCUGUAUUUUAACGGUUUGUCGGAAGUACCACAACUGACCGCCCCCAGACUUUACGAACUCCACGUUUACCAGACGGAAAAACGCGUUGUGGUCCGGAGAGCAGCGUUCGAACGUUCGAGGGGCAUCACAAAACUCGAUUUCAGGAAGGCAAUAGUUGAACCUUUCGCCUUUUUCGACCUGAAGACGUUAGGUUCCCUCUACAUCCGGAAUAUUUCGCCGAAACCACUGGUCGCGGGCUCAUUCAACUUCGACUCCCCGGGGCUCGGCUACAUUGAGCUGGCGUCAGAAGACCCUUGGGAAGGACACGCCGAACCAGGAACGUUCGGAGGAUUCGUGAGCACGACCUGGUUCAGACUGGGAGCUGCAGCCAACGUCUCGCCGUCUGUUUUCUUCCCUGUCUUAAACAGUUCUGCUCUUUUCGAGAUUGGCAUUCCUAUAAAGUGUGACUGCCAAGUAGCUUGGAUCCGACUUUCAUCCUUCCUGCCUCGGACAACCAUCCGAUGCGCCACCGAGACUUCCUUUGUCAUGCUGCAAGACGUCGAUGAAGCCGAAUUUAAGGACUGUGGCUCCAUCUGCACCGCCUAAGGCUCUCUUCAACGACAGUCAUGAGCUAUCACAUCUUUUGACAAAAGAGAUAGGAAAUUUUUAUUAUUUCUGGGAUAAUCUCACGGUUUUUUUCUAGGAUUUGGGAUAUGUCUUUGAUUAGACUUGUACCUGGUAUUCCCCAAAGAUUAAGCUGAUUCACAAAUUCAAGUAAUUCAUCCAUGACAUUUUGUCUCUAGUGAUAUUUCUAAAUGAAAUAUCUGAAGACUGGUCGUGCAAGGUAUGACUCACCUCAUGAUUUACUUCUUUUUUGUAAUUCCUAAGUGAAAUUUGUCAAAUAAAGGCGUCGCAAUCAA